AUGUCCUUUUACGAUGAACAUGGGGGUGAUGGUCAGCCUUUUGGGCGACCUCCGAAAUCCUUUGAGGGUGGGAUAGUGGGACCACGAAGACCGAGGCUGGUCACGGAUUAUGGCUCGUCGAUGGUACAGUGGAUGCGCAACCGGCGGCCGCUUUACAAGGGAGGCAAUCGCAUGGAAGUUGAGAGACCCAGUGCCAGUUAUAUCAUUGAUAUGCCCCCCCCGAUGGCGCGCGUACAUUCGCCUGCCGAUAGCAUUCCUGUACGGCAUUUACACCAGUCGAUCGGCAAGUCGAAGAAGCCUAUUACAGUCGUUAGAUGGACCCCCGAAGGUCGGCGUCUGUUGACCGGUGGUCAUACGGGUGAAUUCAUGCUGUGGAAUGGCACGGCGUUUAAUUUCGAAACUGUGAUGGAUGCCCACUAUGACCAAUUGCAAGCUGGAGUGACGUCGCUCGGAUGGUCGCACAGCCAAGACUGGUUAAUAUCGGGCGGACAGAAAGGCGACAUCAAGUACUGGCGGCCAAACUUCAACAAUGUCGAGACAAUCGACGACGCGCAUCACGAUGCGGUGAGGGAUCUGGCGUGGUCCCCGAGCGACAGCAAAUUCCUUUCGGCAUCCGAUGAUACCACACUCAAGAUUUUCGAUUUCACCUCUCGGACCCCGGACACGGUUCUUACUGGGCAUAACUGGGACGUCAAAACCUGUGAUUGGCACCCGACCAAGGGACUGUUGGUGUCCGGGUCCAAGGACCACCAGGUCAAGUUCUGGGAUCCGCGCACGGCGAGAUGCUUGACGACGCUCCACAGCCACAAGAAUACGGUCACGGCAACACGAUUUUCGCGUGCGAAUGGGAACCUUCUUGCGACGUCCUCGCGCGACCAGACGGCACGAGUGUUUGACCUACGCAUGAUGCGGGACAUCUGCAUCCUUCGAGGCCAUGAGAAGCCCAUCUCUUCGCUGACCUGGCAUCCCGUCCAUACGACAUUGGUGUCGACUGGGAGUGAGGACGGAUCGUUGUACCACUAUCUACUUGAUGAGCCCAAUGUCCCUUCGGGACAGGUUCCUACGAUGGCACCGUACGACAGCCCAGACCCUGCCAAUACACCGGCACAGGUGAUCUACCCGGCUCAUCGCGUUCAAUAUGCGCAUGGCGCGACGAUUUGGUCUUUGGACUGGCAUCCUCUCGGGCAUAUCCUUGCAUCCGGGUCGAAAGAUAAUUUCACGCGGUUCUGGUCGCGGCCGCGGCCCGGGGAGACUAGCUAUCUGAAGGAUAGAUUCCAUAUCGGGGAAGAGGCCGCAGAGGCACAAGGCACGUGGAACAGAGGCUUCGGAAAGCGACAAAUGCGCGAAGAGGAAGAGCUGGAGAUCCAAGACGAGGCCGACAGCUUGGUCGACCAGAGAAAAUCCACGGGACCAGGCCUCCCCGGCAUCCAGAGCUCCGGUAUGCCUCAUGAUAACUCGGGUUCUUUAUUACCCGGAAUCGGUGCCCCUCAACCCCCUCCGCAGAGUGGACCACCGAACUCCAUGCCUCAAAUGGACCCUGGCCGCCUCGCUGCGCUCCUAUCCACCCAACAACCCCCACAAUCGAACCACCUUCCUCAAAACGCUGGCUUCCCCGGAUUCUCCAUGCCCCCUAUGUCAGGGACCCCCCCAGUCAAUGUCGACCUUGCGGAGCUGCAGAAACAGCUGAUGUCCCAAGGGUUCCCGAUGCCUCAAGGGUUCCCACCACCUAACUUCCCCAUGCAGAUGGGUGGCGGAGGUCUUCCGGGUCUCCAGGGGAGCGGCACGCCCGACAAUGCGUACGGCAGGUAA